AUGAACGACCAGUACCACCGGGCGGCCCGGGACGGCUACCUGGAGCUCCUCAAAGAGGCCACCAGGAAGGAGCUGAACGCCCCGGAUGAGGAUGGCAUGACUCCCACCCUCUGGGCUGCCUACCAUGGUAACCUGGAGUCGCUGCGUCUCAUCGUGAGCCGAGGGGGUGACCCAGACAAGUGCGACAUCUGGGGCAACACGCCCCUGCACCUGGCAGCUUCCAAUGGCCACCUGCACUGCCUCUCCUUCCUGGUGUCCUUCGGGGCCAACAUCUGGUGCCUGGACAACGACUACCACACGCCGCUGGACAUGGCCGCCAUGAAGGGCCACAUGGAGUGCGUGCGCUACCUGGACUCCAUCGCGGCCAAGCAGAGCAGCCUCAACCCCAAGCUGGUGGGCAAGCUGAAGGACAAGGCCUUCCGCGAGGCGGAGCGGCGCAUCCGCGAGUGCGCCAAGAUGCAGCGCAAGCACCACGAGCGCAUGGAGCGGCGCUACCGCCGCGAGCUGGCCGAGCGCUCGGACGCGCUCAGCUUCUCCAGCCUCACGUCCAGCACCCUGAGCCGCCGGCUGCAGCACCUGGCGCUGGGCAGCCACUUGCCCUACUCGCAGGCCACGCUGCACGGCACGGCCAGGGGCAAGGCCAAGAUCCAGCGGAAGCUGGAGCGGCGCAAGCAGGGCGGCGAGGGCACCUUCAAGAUCUCCGAGGACGGCCGCAAGAGCGUGCGCUCGCUCUCGGGCCUGCAGCUGGGCAGCGACGUGAUGUUCGUGCGCCAGGGCACCUACGCCAACCCCAAGGAGUGGGGCCGCUCCCCGCUCCGGGACAUGUUCCUCUCGGACGAGGACAGCGUCUCCCGUGCCACGCUGGCGGCCGAGCCGGCCCACUCGGAAGUCAGCACCGACUCAGGCCACGACUCCCUGUUUACCCGCCCCGGCCUGGGCACCAUGGUGUUCCGCAGGAACUACUUGAGCAGCGGGCUGCUCGGCCUGGGCCGCGAGGACGGGGCGCUGGACGGCGGCGGCGCCCCGCAAGGCCGGCGGCAGAGCUCCCCCAGCCUGGACGACGACAGCCUGGGCAGUGCCAGCAGCCUGCAGGACCGCAGCUGCGGGAAGGAGCUGCCCUGGGACGAGCUGGACUUGGGCCUGGAUGAGGACCUGGAGCCCGAGACGAGCCCGCUGGAGGCCUUCCUGGCUUCCCUGCACAUGGAGGACUUCGCCUCCCUCCUGCGGCAGGAGAAGAUUGACCUGGAGGCCCUGAUGCUGUGCUCCGACCUUGACCUCCGCAGCAUCAGCGUCCCCCUGGGGCCCCGCAAGAAGCUUCUGGGGGCCGUGAGGAGGAGGAGGCGGGCGCUAGAGCGCCCGCCCGCCCUGGAAGACACUGAGUUGUGA